UGGAGACACACAAGCUUUCAAGAACACUUGAGGAGCCACCAUGCCUCACUUCGCUAACCCCCUUUUAAGAAACAUCAUUAUCAGAAGUCACUUUGAUAGCAUCAAGAGGAAGCAAUGCCUCCAGUAUCUGAAAACCCUGAGAACGCUGCAGUACGAUGGCUAUAAGACCAUAUACUUUGGGGAAACUGAUAUCCCAGAAAGUCUGGUAACUGGGGAGGAUUUUAGUGAUGGGUAUUUCAUGCAAACUCCAACCUGGUGCAUUGUGCAUGGUGGUGGCAGCCAAGGAUGGGUACCUUGGAAUUAUCGGAUGUUCCUAAGAGAUGAGCUAUGUAUCAAGCAGGAAGACAGCCCCUUCUUUGAGUUCUGUAAUGUGGUGAAGAAGGCCUAUGGCAAGUGUGCCAUUGUGGUUAAGGAGAAAAGGCCACAGAAUGAGAUGAGGCCACCAGAAGACAGAGAGGCUGAGGCCCGGUCGUACGUCCCCACUGUCAUCAACCUGACAAGCAUUGUGUGUUGUCCAGAAGUGGCUAAGUACUGUGGCCAUGAACUACUCUCUCUGCCUUCUCCUUAUAAUUAUCUGAACCCUUUAGACUCAGCCUGGUCUUCUCUGAAAUGGUUUAUCAUCAAUAACAGAAAAGAAUUUUGUUUGCAGUCCAUUGAUAGCAUCUAUUCUUACCAGUAUAUACUUCUCAGCAAUUUAAUUAGCAAGGGGAUUGAGAGAAUAAACCCAAGCAAAUGGAAAACAUUAACUAACAAAGUACGGAGAUGGGAAAAUUACUAUCUUGGGAAAUUUUCUUAAAACUGAUGAAUCCAACAAGCAGUGAGACUCUGUUCCAUGCAUGGUCUUUACUGCCAACUCUGUUGAGCUUGAUUCUGGACUACUGCAGCCAAAGGUACUUCAGUAACAACCCACAGGGAUGCUGUGAAGACUGCGAAGUUCCUAAGGAUGGUAGCAAAAUGCUUUGAGUUUACUGGGGUUUCAUUAAAGCUCGUUGGAAAAUUAGGAUUCUUAACUCUCAUCUCACUAAGGCCACUUCGAGGGCUAUGUCAAUGGCAGGAUUAGGGCUAACCCAGCCCAUGGAGGAUGGUGAUGGGCAGAAGUGAGCAGAGUUAAAGAUUAUGUGGUCAAUGUUUAGGUCUGAGGAAAAAAGAAAACCUAGUGUGAAGUCUCAAAAGUAAGUCAAAAUUCAGUGGUUUCCCAGUCAUUUCCAGCCCACCACAAUAAUGCACAGGGAGCUAGCUUGCCUUCAGCAAGAGACGUUGUCCAGGUGGUGGCUCAGCAAGAUGCUUUUGCCCCUACUGUCCUUCCUUCCUGGGUGCAAGGUGGGAGUGGGUGAGAGUGAGGACACCCGAGGAGGUGAAACCUCAUCCAGACCCUCCAAGCAAGCUGAUGAGCCAGUAAGGGACUGGGAAGAUACGACAGUCAUCAGCGAAGUGGACCUUGGGUGAAUACAUACAGGGAGCAGGGGUAUGUGGAUUCCACUUAUCCAACAAAUCUCCCACUUAAACCCCAAGAAUCCCAACAGGAGGGCAUCUGACUGCUCAAAGUGUCAUCAAGACCCCUAAUAGCUAAGCCACCUGCAGCUGGAACAACUACACCUACUCAAGUUUGGGGCCACUGAUGAUGUAGGAUAAUGGACACUGCCAUCCUGAAGACCUGGUGACCCAGCCUGGAGUACAAGAACACUCUCCGGUCCUCCCUGUGUUUGCCGCAGCAGUGACAAGCGCAGGUCCCGAAGCUCGACCAGAGGCCUGGGGCCUGGCUCCACCUCCCACCAGCGGGGCGUCUCACACACGUCUAUUCACUGCUCUGUACUGUUUCCUGAUUCGAGAAGGGAGAAAGGCGAAGAUGUCUUCCUAGGAGGCUGUUGUGAGGUUACAGAUGAAAAGCUCCUGGAGGAGGGAGGGCUGAAUGAGGGCUCCCCAGUCACGCUCGCUGAGCUCUUCAGAUGGCUCCUUCCCAGCUCAGUGUUUGGUCCACUUCCUUUUGCCCUCUUACGGAGGGCCCUGGGGUUGAGUGGUCCUGUGGUACACACAGGGCUCUGCAAGACUGACCCACGUGGAAAGGCUCUGCGUUUGCAUCCAGAAACCU